UCAGUUUCUGAAGAGAAGCACCCUGCACAGUUCUUCUGAGUUUUGGACCUAGGUCUACAACCAUGAAGGUAGCAAUUAUCUUUCUUCUCAGUGCUUUGGCCCUGCUCAAUUUAGCAGGUAACACUACAGCUAAGGUGAUUGGGAAAAAGGCUAAUUGCCCUAAUACACUUGUUGGAUGCCCCAGGGAUUAUGAUCCUGUGUGUGGUACUGACGGAAAAACUUACGCCAAUGAAUGCAUUCUAUGCUUUGAAAACAGGAAAUUUGGAACAUCUAUCCGCAUUCAGAGGAGAGGGCUUUGCUGAAUGUCCUGAUUUCGAAAUCUUUUAGGGCUACCAUAAUGUUUAGCAAGAAGGUUUGCUGAAUAAAUGCAUCUGAACAU